CAUUCGUGAUAGCCUACAACAUAUCUCAGACUCGAACUAAUUCAAACUUCUUCCUUAAUGGCAAACUCGUCGCUAUGCCUGGUUUUAGCCUCCUCCUUCAUGGUUCUAUCAUUAGCUGCUGGGACACAGUUCAAGGUAGGUGGCUCGGGAAGAUGGAGUGCGCCUGACAACAAUGCCAUGACCUACAAUCAGUGGGCUGAAAAAAAUAGAUUUAAGAUUGGUGAUUCCAUAGUGUUCACGUACCUCCCGGACGAGGACUCUGUUUUGUUAGUUGAUGACGACGUUUACAAGAGCUGCAACACCUCCUCCCACAUAGACCAAUUCAACGACGGCAACACGGUGUUCACCUUCACCCACUCCGGCAACUUCUACUUCGUCAGCGGAGUCAAAGACAACUGCGACAAGAACGAGAAGCUACACGUGGUCGUCUUGGGCGACAGGACGAAUAAGAGUUCGCCGGCGCCCGCUCCUCUGCCUGCUUCGCCUCCGGCGGAAGGAGCCACCGGGGAACCAUCGCCGCCGCCGAAUGCGGCCGCUGCCAAGGUUGUCGGCGUGGUGAGCUCACUGGGGGCUGCUGCGAUCGCAGCUCUUUCGUUCACUUUUUGAGAUUUGCUGUUGACUAUAGACGUCUUGCGUGGUGUGCGGUGUGUUACGUUUGAUGAGAUUGACUUAUUCGAUUGCUGAAGCUUGAGUUGAUUGAAUAAUUUAAAACAAUGUAAAUUAUGAUUGGUUUGAAUCUUGUUAUCAUCAUCAUUAUUAUUAAAUACUCUUUCUUUUUAACUCCAA